AACCUUCACUGAAUGAAAUGAAUCUGGAGUGGAGGACAUGGAUAUUUGAAAACGAGAGAAAACGAAUAACAGUUCCUGAAGACCGCAGCAGGAGUGGCGUUUAAAGGUAGUAUUAUUGUUCGAUGGUGCGCGUCAUGCAGGAGUGAAAUAACUGCGCGCGUCAACUGCAUUUCUAUCGCUGGCUUUGACGUGUUCCCAUAACAACAACGCGCAGCACAUGACAGGAAUGAGAGGAGACAGCGAUCAUGCCGUUAAAGCCACUUGGGUCCUCCAACUUUUCUGCGUCUCUCUCCUGACUUCAUUUGGGAAAGGAGAAGAUGGGUCCUGCCACGGAGCCUUUGAUUUAUACUUUGUUUUGGAUCGCCCGAAAAUGAGAGUAUCCUUUAUAGUCUUUUCUUCUAGUGCAGAAGUAGUCUUGCCUCUCACUGGAGACAGGGCAGCUAUUGAUAUUGGUCUGCAAAGUUUGAGCAAGAUCAGACCUGCUGGUGAUACCUACAUGCAUGAGGGGUUAAUAAAGGUAUUAGAACAAAUGACUACCCAGGGCACAAGAGCAUCCAGCAUCAUUAUUGCACUGACUGAUGGGAAGUUGGAGGUCUAUCCGCAUGAUCUUGCUGUGAAAGAGGCUGAUCAGGUGAGACAGUAUGGUGCUCGGGUAUACUGUGUUGGCGUGAAGGACUUUGAUGCAAACCAGCUUACAGAUAUUGCAGACAGCAAAGAUCAAGUGUUUCCUGUUGUGGAUGGAUUUCAGGCCCUCAAAAACAUUGUAAAUUCGAUUUUAAAGAAAUCCUGUGUAGAGAUUUUUAACCUUGAGCCCUCCAGCAUUUGCGUGAAUGAAACUUUCAACAUUGUUUUGCGAGGAAGGGGAUUCACGCAGGGAAGAACCUCAGAAGGUGUGGUCUGCACAUUAUCUGUCAAUAAACAGGAUCCUUACAAUGAGAAGCCGAGUGCAGUGAAGGAUAAUUACGUGCUGUGUCCAGCUCCAGUGCUGACCGAGGUUGGACACUCCCUCGAAGUGCUUAUUAGUCUGAAUAAUGGCCAGUCUUUCAUUUCAAGUCCAAUCACAAUAUAUGCCACAACAUGUUCUGAUGGGACAGUGAUAGUGAUUGUCAUCCUGGUGCUGCUGGUGUUGUUGGGUUUAAUUGUGCUCUGGUGGUUCUGGCCUCUCUGCUGCAUGGUGGUAAUCAGAGAUCCACCCCCAUCUCGCCCUCCGCCUCCACGCCCAACACCUGAACCUGAGGAGGACCCUCUGCCGAAGAAGAAAUGGCCUACAGUGGAUGCGUCUUAUUAUGGUGGCAGAGGGCCUGGUGGCAUCACACGGAUGGAGGUUCGCUGGGGUGAGAAGGGCUCUACAGAGGAAGGGACGCGGUUAGCGAAAGCCAAAAAUGCUGUGGUCAAAAUGCCAGAGGAGGAGUUUGAAGAGCCUGUAAAAAGACCCCCACCCAGACCACCACCAAUAUAUGAAGCCCCAGUCCCAGACAAAUGGUACACGCCCAUUAAAGGGCGUUUUGAUGCUGUGUUAGCAUUGCUGCGAAGACAAUACGACAGAGUUGCUAUCAUGAGACCCACAGCAAAUGACAAGGGGCGCUGCAUCAAAUUCAACCGAGUUCAACGUCACUGACCAAACACGAUGUGUCCUUUACUUUAAAGUACAUUCAGACAAAAAGGAUUGGGGGAUCCACAGCUGUAUGGACACAGUGUGAAAAGCUGUACUUCUGAAUUAAAACCUUUGAAUUUUAAUUCUUACAUGUGUAAAUCUAUCCUGCUGAUUUCUUUCCGCAUGUCUUUGAAUAUGGUGGAAUUCACUGCUUUUAUAACAAUUAAUUUUUUUAAAGGUUUUCUAGUUACAAACCAAUACAGUGCCUUCUUGUGAGUGUAUUAUGAAUGGGUUUGUCAAGGAAAGAAAAUGUAAAUUAUUAUUUUUAUUUCCAUAGUUAUUUCUUUAAUUAUUAGUAGUAAAGAUGUUAAUUAUCCAGUAAAUUCAUGGAGAUGUGCAUUUAAUUAUUUGUUCUUAUAUUUAUUUAUAACAAUUUGAUUUAAUCAGUAGAUUACAUGCGUGACACUGUUUGUUAAUGAAGUAAAUGGCAUAUAAAUUCAAUAA